AUGAAGUCCAUCUUUGCUAUCAGCACGCUGCUGUGCGCCGCCUCUUUCGCCACCUCGGUCAUGGCGGUGCCUACGCUGCCCACGCCCGACGAGCCAUUCUUUGUGUCUCGUAUGGUGCGACGAGCGGUUCCUCAUGACGACUCUGCAGCGACUCCAUCUCACGUUGCAGACACAUGCGGACGAUACGCUCUUCAAAAGCCACAAAGGCUCCAAGUCAGAUCCUACAACGAUUCGACCACAACAUACCUCUACCUCGGUCAGGGCAUCAACGACAAGACUCAGAGCGUGCUCGCCGCUGUCAACCCCGCCGGCCACUCCAACGGCCCAGCCGGCUUUGAUUUCCAGACGUGCGACUACCAAGGCUUCACCCAGGGCUACUCGCGAAACGAAGGUGGCAGUAUGGGUGCUCCCAUCGAGUACUGGGGCCGCGUCGUAACCAACCUCACUCUCACCGGCAAGCCAAAGAAGACCUGCCUCUCAGCAUCUACCGACGAUCACACCAAGGGUCACUUCAUCUUUACCAAGUGCAACGACGCAGAUGCAAAGCAAUGGUUCCGCUUGCAAGAGGGAAUUGGUGGUGCCGCACUGUCCUACUAUCCCGUCAGAAACCACACCGGUUACAAGUACGAGGGUCAAACGCCCGAAUACUUCAAAGUCGACCUUCAUCCCAACUACAACCACAUCAACGAGGUCAAGUACACAAAGUCCAACUCGCAACAGUACGUUCUCUUUGAUUAA